ACUAUGUGAUACACAUCAUAAACACACACACACACACAGAGAUAUAUAUAUUGAAAACUCCAAUCAUCAUAUAAAAUGACUAAGUCCGUUUUUUGUGCUGUCUUUAUCAUCUUAAUUCUAGGAUUUAUGGCGAAUGAGAUUCAAGGACAGCUAGGAAAGCUGUGUAAAGAGCCUUUACCACAAACAGAUUGUGGUGCCGGCUCAUGUGGUGCUCUGUGCCGUCAAUUAAAGCAUGGAACCGGCCACUGCCUUCGGGGAUCCGAAGGAAAAUAUGUGUGCUUCUGUUAUUUUAAAUGCCCUUCUUGAAUUUUUGUUUCACUCUCUAAAAUGGUAUCUCACUUUAAUGAUAAAAUGAAAAAAAAAGCAUGCUUCUGUUUUUU